AUGGUCUGGCGCGUUGUUAAAGUGGCUGCCGAUCCCAAGUUCCAGCCUCCGCGAGUUAUCGCAAAACCUUAUAGGAUUUUUCUAUAUAUUGGUUUUUCAAAUAUGUCAAACCCUUGGCAUGCUUUUUGUAAGGAAUUGGCAUCUAGUCCGACCCGUCCCCUCUCACCGCUUCCCUGCUUCAAUUCUGUAAAAAUUGAUGGUUUGACUUCUGUGAAGUUGGGCUUCAUUCCUGAUGAACGGCUAUUAGCAUGCCGCACUUGUGGUGUAAUGUUUCUGCGUGAUAAAGCAGAGUCUCAUUAUGAUGCAUUUAACGAAUGCCUAUCAAAAAACACCUCCAAGUCUGAUCUCUUGCCUUAUCAUGCAAUAAGCUUGUGUCAAAAGCUCUACGAGGCUGCGCAGCUGGAAGAAAAAUUGUCCAACAAGCGCUUGAAAGCGGACUCACUUCGCAAGUCCAAGUCCCUUAGAAACUUGUCACAUACCAAUCACUUUGAAAGUAACUCCGUCCCGAGCACUUCAGACUGCCACCGUAAACGCGCAAAACUUAAGCCUGAUGUUCUGAGUCACCAAACUCUAGUUGGAGCCUCGCUCGAACGAGAUAAAAUGUCCUCGUCAUCCAGUUAUGAUCGCCUUUCCUCUGGCGAAGUCAAUAGUCCGGGUUCUGGUACAGAGUCGUCUAGCUCGGCUCCAUCAAAGUUGGUUGAAAAUCUGCCAGAUCCUCCUAGCGGAUUCCCCCGAAAAGGUCUGAUGGAGAUUCUGCAGGAGGAAUCCGCUUCAUCCUCUUCAAAAACGCGCCGUAUGUGCGGGGGUCUUGCCAAACCAUUGGCUCCGCAUCCACUGAAUCGCUCCGUUAGCUCACUAAUUGAUUUGCAUUCUCAGUCUUAUCCAUCCAGCCCUGCCUCUCCGCCCAUUUGUGAUCGAAAGGAAGCCACUUGUGUAUCCCCUAACGGUCAUUCUACAAGAAAGAAAAUAUCUGUUAGAACUAUUCAGUCUGAACAUGUUGAAAUUCCCCGUAUUCACCCCGCCAAACAGGCGCCUGGAGAGUCCCAAAUGCAUACUCGCAUGAGAUCCCAGUUCGAGUCAUGCAUACCACACUCAAUGUCUUUCAAACGGCAUCAUGUAGUUCGCAACCCUCCUCCUGCCGUUGAAACAGUUGAUUUAGUUUCUAAUCCUACUCCAGACGCUGACCCUCAACCUCCCCAUGGUUAUAUUCCUUCCGACGAAACAGCUGCAACUGUACUUCAUUUGGAGCAUGAGAGCCGGGUACCAAUGGGGAGAUCACAGCUAAUGAGGUCGAACCGCCUCCUGAGAAAUGGUUCCAAAACUAACCUAUCCGACUAUGUCAAUUUGGCGAAGACGGAGAAGACUUGGAAUGCUCCGGAUUUUUCAGCGGUUUCCGAUGCCUGGCCAAGAAAUUCGCACAUGUCGGUGGUGGGAGCAAAUCACUACGGCGCUUUUGUAGACUUCGAACCGAUGCGUUCCCAGCAGGCUGAGAAACGGGCGUUCAGUUCAAACCUUGCAAUGUAUAACCAGGGCUUGCGAAGCUCCCCCGAUCGUUCGGUGAUUCAGCCACACUGUGUUCUUGACAGAUCUAAGGAUUUUACCUCUGAGCAUACUGUGAUAAAUUUGCUUACUCAGUGCGGAUGUGUUGAGAUGGGCGACCUGCGUUGCAAAAAUUCGAUUCUCUGUGCAACCCAUACAUUUGAAGAGAAACAACGGGUGCCUCGACCGCGUGACCUGAAGGUCUUGCUUCAAGAGGCGCGACAACAGCAACAGCGUUUGAUACGGCUUCAUGAGGCUCCUGUGCCCGCCAAAAUUCGAAAAAUGGCCUCCUCAUCCAUAGCAACCUCCACGCUCCCUACCAUUACCUCCACUACCGCUACUGCUGCUUCUCUGAUGCCAUCACCGUCUAGAGGUUCGGCCACUCCCUCCGUCCAAAGAUUGCCGACUAUUUCUAACUCAUCGGUGCCAGCACGACGUGUGCCCGUGAACGGAAUUACUGCGACUGCGGUGGAGAGCCAGCCGCUGACAGGCAUGCAACAGCAGCAGCAACCAACCAUUCUGCAUCGCCGUGUGCACCACCCCUCUAGUCUACUGCGGCGCAAUCAACAAAUGUGGGGUCAGGAGAAGUCCACCUCCAGCUUUUCUACCGCGAAUACCAAUUCGGCUGCUUUUUACGCCCCUUCUAAUGCUUCUGUUGCUCCAUCGCUUCUUCCUCCUCCCUCCACUUCAGUUAUAACGAAGAUGACUCGGGACGUGGGUCGCCUCGGUGGUGUUUCAGAGGUUCAGAGUCGUGUCGUGGUUAAUGAUGAGAGGGAGAAGUCCAUCACGGGUCGAUCGCGAAAGUCUUCUCGGAGUGGAAUGCGACAGCCUGCUUCCUCCAUACACAACCCAUACAUUCAACACCUCACCGCAGCAUCCUCGAAUCGUGCCAGCUCGACUGCGGUGCUUCUUCGAGCCUCAGCAGCCAACCAGAUCGCGGCAAAACUGCGAAGUGCUGCCGACCCAAGAGACCCCACUGGCACCACUACGUGGAUGGGCUACAAUCGUGGCGCAAAUGCCUCCAAUCUCCCAUUAACCGUGCCAGCCUCCUCUACGACCACAGCUUCCAGACAUUCCAAUUCCACUGCCACCGUCUCUGGCCCUGCUGCUAUGGCCAAUCCUCAAGCGUUCGGCUCAAACCGAUUGAUUUUUAUUGGAUCCAAGGCCUUGAAGAAGGUAGACGCCUUUAAGGACCUCUCUAGUUCAAUUGGCAAGCACAUUUGUCAAGUAGUGGAUAAGUUAAGUCAUGGGCUUGCCAAUGGUGGGUCGAUAUUCGGUUCCGGUGUGGCCGGCUCUGGAAACCGUCUAACAGUAGUUCCCAGCCUAAACAUAAUCCAAGCCGCCCAUCGCCACCACCAGCAGCGUCCUCAGUCUUCCUCAGCACCUCCUAUCGACUCGGCUUCUAUGCAUCUGGAGACGCCACGAGAGCUCAUUAUUGAUGUGGCGGAGGAGGACGAUGAUGUUGUGGCUGAUGCUGAUGCUGAAUCGGCGAUGGCGGCAGCGGAGCUAGAGGCUGCGGUCGCGGCCUCGGCACUUGCUUCUGAACCUAAUCACGACGACUCCAUCGACCACCAUCAUCAACAGCAACAAUUUUCACGCACUGCCGGAGGUGGCACUCAUCAUAAGGCGAAUCUGCGACCGUCACUUUGCAGUGUGCCUGCUGGGGUUGCAAAUGCUUGUCUUCCAAACGCGUCGUAUGUGAAAAACGCAGUGGAUAAUGCCGCAACUAUCGUUGUCUUCUUCAAUCACCUCACCUCUUACCUCAGUGAAGGGCCUCGGCCUUUUCCUCAAGAGUUAAAACGCCUAACUGGUGUCGUUGCUAUCGCGUCCACUUUCAAAGAGUUUGCCCCGGGACAUGGGGUAGUCUUACCCACCCUCGAGUUGAAUAGCAUAGUGUAG